UACCUCUGAUGUUGGAGGACAUUGGGAGCUGCAGCUCUUGGUAUAUUUUAUGAAUGGAAAAAGGAUAUUUUAGCAACUGAAUUUGCUCCAAUGAUUUAGAUCAUUUAACAUCUUACUGCAAAACCUAUUUGCACUCAAUCUGAUGCUUAUCUGGACAGUUAUAUCCAGUCAUGGUAUUCCAUCCAUUCAAAGUGAAACAAUUGGAAUAAGCUUGGAGUUUUGGGAGAGUUGUGUUUCUCUUUGUACACAUUCUUGUGGUUUCUAUAAAGUUUUCAAUCUUCUGAGAGGUUGAGGUGAGGAUCUCCUCCAAAAGGAUCUCCCAUGCACAUCCAAAAUAUCAAGGUUGCCAAUGAAGGGACUGUAAAUUCUAUGAAGACGAGGGAAGAGUGCAAGGCUUAUGUUGAUGCUUUGAUUAAGGUUAUAGCCUGCUAUAGGCACCUGGCGACCAGUGUUGGGGGAUCCUCAGAUUGCUCCAACCUGAGAGAUGAGCUCAAGAGGACACGUGAAAAAGCCCAGGAUUUGGCAGUGGCCAACAGGAAUAAGCUGACUCUCUGUCUCCGGGACAAGAACUUGCCCAAAGAUGACCAGGUCGAGAUGGAGCGCCUUUGGGUGUCUUUUUCCUCCAGUCUGGAGCUCUUCCAUGCCGACAUGUGCAAGGUCUUCGAAAUGGGACAAAGCUUUAGUUUCUCUUCCCAGAACAAUCUUUUUGUCCAGACUGGAAUGUCAGGUGCCACAUCAGACAUAGCAGCCAGGGCACUGAGUGUUCAGAACAUCAACUAUGAUGAAACGGUGUCAAGCAUGGACAGGUUGGAGCAGAAAGACCUAGAGGAACAGAUUGACAAAGUGGACAAGAUGAUCUAUGACAUAGAGAUGAAAGUGAAUGUCCUCCGUUGGACCGUGGAGGCCAAAGCACCGAUGUACACUGACCCCCUGAGCAAUGACACCUCCUCUGUGGCUAUGCUUUCCUUGGAGGAUGACGACAACGACCAGUGCUGUGACCGAGGCCAGGUUAUUGUGUCAGUGAUUCUCUGUGGCAUUGCCAUGGUUGCAGUGGUGCUGUCUGUUUGCGUGGUGUACCUUGCAUGAGCAUCCGCAGUCCCAUGAAAUUUUCCACCAAAUAGAUGGCAAACCAGGGUCAACAAUGUGUUAACUUGCUUGGAUAACUUACAGCAAGGCUCAAAAGAAGGAUUCUGGCAACUUUAGACUAUAAUUGAACUCUUUAACUAAACUAAAUGUUAGAUGAAGUGGGGAAGUUGUGGUCCUUUUGGCGCAGCUGUUACUAAGUAGAGGGUUUAGGCAACUUUAUUAUUUUGAACAGCAUAGUUAUUAAAAAGUAAGUAUUUAUUGCAAGAAAAUAAUUAGAAAGAUAGAUAGUUAGCAUUUUGAUCCAAGAGCUCUUGGAACUUGUCUGAACAGACUCAACAUUUAUAUGCACUCUAUUUUCUGUUAUGCCAUUCUAUGUACUGAAAUGUUCCCUGUUAAUUUGUUAUCAUACACACGUUACAGUACCUGUCAGUAUUCUUAUUCUGGUGAAAACAGCAAUUGUAGUGUGCAUCUACUUUCUGUUUGUCUUCAAGUGUGUUUCCCAAAGACAUUGUGACAAUUCAGAUUGUCAAUGAUUAACAAUAUUGGUUUGGUGUUCAUUUCAUGGUGUUGGAGUGUGUUGUAAACUUCCAUAUUUGUCUAACUCUUGAGCUCAAGUAGAAAUUCAAGAAACUCACCUCAAGUUUAAUUGUAAAAAUUGUGUUUGACAGGUUAAAGAUGCUUAUGGGGAAACAAUUUCUAGAUUAAUCUGUAUUUGCCCUCACUACCACAUUGCUAAACAAUGCAAAAAUCACACCCAAAGGAUUUCUGGCUCCUUUACAUGUGGCCAUCCCCAAUUAGCACCAAUUACCUAACUGGCCACACCUGUGAUUGCUGGCAGGGAGAGAUUUAACCCCAUGCCUGCCAACCUCACAUUCCCACAUACACACUAUUUACAGCAGAAGGGCUUCUGCCCUGCGACAACGCCAUCUUUGAAUCCUGGACUUUGUGUGCAGAUUUGACAGUUGGGUUUGUUUCAAGCCCCUAAACAAUAAUAAACCAUGAGGCCUGCACUUAAAAACAAAUCAUUGCUACUACAUUAAAAAAAACAACCUUAAAACAUGUUGUUUACUUUCUUUAGCUUUUUUUCUCAGAUACCUGAAUAAUUCUAGACAUUUUUGCUUGUGAUGGUGUAUAAUACUCAGUAAUUUGAUAUUACUUAAUUUUACCGGUUAACCUUAACUGUUAUUAUAACUUUAAUUACUCUGUAAUUUAAUUACUGUUCAUCUUCAUCAGGCUACUACAAAGAGUAAUCAAAUCAUCUACAAGUACUGAUAUAUCUACCAAGUGUCAUUAAAACUAUUUAGGAUAUUGUGCGAAAAAAGACAUUUAACAGUAUUGUAAUGAUCUCGGUUUGCGCAGGCAGGGAUUUCUCACAAGCGGAGGUGGGAAGCGAAUCCGGGAUCUCCGGCACUGAAGCAUAGCGCUGAUACCGCUGUACAAAAGAGCCGGUGUUACAGGCUAAUUCUCACCCAGGUGAGUUCUGUCCUAGGCUAAUCCUCACCCUGUCAGGCCAAUUCUCACCCCAGUACCCUUCUGGGAGGGUGAACAUUAGCCCGGGCCAAGUCUCACCCCAGUACUCUGUACAUAGCCAUAAUCAUUUUCAUUGCAUGAUAACUAAUCUAAGCUAAUCAGCAGUAGGACAUAUAUUUGUAAAUGUACUGUAUAUAAAGUUCAAGUGGCAAUGAGUUCUUUUAGCAUGUCAAACCACUGAUACCUAUCAUCAGCAAAUACCCCUGUCUAAACAACCCACUCCCUUACAGAAUUUGCCCAGGCAUAAUGUUUUUAUUUAAUAGAAUACAAAGAAAUCAUCAGUCAAGUAACCUCAACAAUCACCCCUUGCCACUUUAAUAAUGCUGGUGUAAGAAGCAAUGUUUUCUGUAAUUGUUCUAGACACUUAACAAACUGAUCAAAAGACACAAUGUACAGACUAUGACUGUUCUUUUAACAUGUUAUAGUAAUGUUGUUUGAGAAGUGAAAUAAAAUGUGUAAUGACUAAA